CCACAUUAAACCCAACUGCAAAAUGAAGAGAAUUCUUGUAGAGGGAAAGCCCCAUUUGUGUCUUUUUGCUUUAAGAGACAUAAUACCUGGAGAGGAGAUCACCUAUAAUUAUGGAGAUGGUGACUGUCCCUGGAGAAAUGAAGUGACAAAAUGUGGAACAGAAUCAGAUUGUAUUCGUCCAGCCUCAGAUGAUGCCUCUGGAGAUGAUCACCAUUGCACCCAACAUUCAGAGCCCGAGUCUACUUCCAGCAAACAAGAGACAAAAUGUGGAGCAGAAUCAGUCUGUAUUCAACCAGCUUCAGAUGGUGCCUCUGGAGAUGAUCACCAUUGCACCCAACAUUCAGAGCCUGAGUCUACUUCCAGCAAACAAGAGACAAAAUGUGGAGCAGAAUCAGUCUGUAUUCAACCAGCUUCAGAUGGUGCCUCUGGAGAUGAUCACCAUUGCACCCAACAUUCAGAGCCUGAGUCUACUUCCAGCAAACAAGUUACAAAAUGUGGAACAGAAUCAGACUGUAUUCAUCCAGCCUCAGAUGAUGCCUCUGGAGAUGAUCACCAUUGCACCCAACAUUCAGAGCCUGAGUCUACUUCCAGCAAACAAGUUACAAAAUGUGGAACAGAAUCAGACUGUAAUUAUCCAGCCUCAGAUGGUGCCUCUGGAGAUGAUCACCAUUGCACCCAACAUUCAGAGCCUGAGUCUACUUCCAGCAAACAAGAGACAAAAUGUGGAGCAGAAUCAGUCUGUAUUCAACCAGCUUCAGAUGGUGCCUCUGGAGAUGAUCACCAUUGCACCCAACAUUCAGAGCCUGAGUCUACUUCCAGCAAACAAGAGACAAAAUGUGGAGCAGAAUCAGUCUGUAUUCAACCAGCUUCAGAUGGUGCCUCUGGAGAUGAUCACCAUUGCACCCAACAUUCAGAGCCUGAGUCUACUUCCAGCAAACAAGUUACAAAAUGUGGAACAGAAUCAGACUGUAUUCAUCCAGCCUCAGAUGAUGCCUCUGGAGAUGAUCACCAUUGCACCCAACAUUCAGAGCCUGAGUCUACUUCCAGCAAACAAGUUACAAAAUGUGGAACAGAAUCAGACUGUAAUUAUCCAGCCUCAGAUGGUGCCUCUGGAGAUGAUCACCAUUGCACCCAACAUUCAGAGCCUGAGUCUACUUCCAGCAAACAAGGGUUAACAUUAGGUGAAAUGUUUACUGGAAAUCAGUACCAUAAACUGCAAUCACAAGUUGAAACAAGCAUUUCUCAGCUUGAUGAUGUAAGCAGGGGUGAU